UCCACUGGUUCUGUACCGUUUUUUUUCCGUACACGGAAAGCUCCUGCCCCCUGAUCCCUCAAGCGCCCGGAUGCACACACACAGCAACAGUCAGUCAGUCAGCCGCCAGUCAGGAUAAACAUGGUCGCCGGAGCUGAAGGAAGCGUUUAGCAAUCUCAGCGCUAAAUAUUCGCUGCUUAAUUUAUAAGCAGAUACUCUCAGAUUCAUUGUCUGGAUGAUAAGCCUCUUCGGAGCACUGAAUCCUCAUCUUGACAGCUGAAGGCUUCUCGCUGGACAGGACACUAAGAGGGCUAAACAAUGGAAUGCUCUCUCCUGCCUACACUGCUCAGCACUCCACAAACUGAGGUUAAACGGCUUAGUUAGCAGUGCGCCUCUCCCCCAAUAACUCUUUAUACCUGGGGAAGUCGAAAGAAAAGCGUGAAAAGGAAAGUUGCUCCUUAAUCCAGUUCUUUGUAGUUGUUUGCUUGGGAUUCUUUUGGAAGCUUCGGACAAAAAAAGCCAAAAUGGAUUUGGAGAUGGAAGGGUACCUGUGGAUGGUCGUGAUUGGUUUCAUUAUCGCUUUCAUCCUGGCCUUUUCGGUGGGGGCCAAUGACGUCGCGAACUCGUUUGGCACGGCGGUCGGGUCAGGGGUGGUUACGUUGCGUCAGGCCUGCAUCCUGGCUUCCAUAUUUGAGACGCUGGGCUCCAUUCUCCUCGGUGCCAAGGUCGGGGAAACCAUACGGAAGGGAAUUAUAGAUGUCAGUUUGUACAAUGACACUGCGCCAGUUCUGAUGGCGGGAGAGGUCAGCGCCAUGGUCGGGUCUGCGGUUUGGCAGCUCAUUGCCUCUUUUUUAAGGUUGCCCAUUUCUGGAACUCAUUGCAUUGUGGGAUCUACUAUUGGCUUCUCAAUGGUUGCUAUUGGCACUAAGGGAGUGCAGUGGAUGCAGCUGAUUAAAAUCGUUGCAUCGUGGUUCAUCUCCCCUCUGCUGUCUGGAAUUAUGUCUGGCUUGCUCUUCUUCGUCAUCAGAUAUUUAAUUCUUUACAAGGAAGACCCUGUUCCCAAUGGUCUCCGUGCUUUGCCCCUCUUCUAUGCCUCCACCAUUGGAAUCAACACCUUCUCAAUUAUGUACACUGGAGCUCCUUUACUGGGCUUGUCGAUGCUCCCCGUCUGGGCUAUUGCCCUCAUUACGUUGGCUGGAGCGCUGGUAUGUGCCGGUCUGGUCUGGAUUUUUGUUUGCCCCUGGUUGAAAAGAAAAAUAGCAAGUCAGCUGAAGAAAGAGCAUGCACUGUCUCGCAUCUCUGAUGAGAGUUUAGAUAAAAUCCCAGAGGAAGAAGAGGAAGCUCCUGUUUUUAAAGAGCUUCCAGGUGCCAAAAGCAGCAACGAUGCUGUUCUGUCCCUGACAGAAGAGUCGACAGGGGAGCUCAACAGCCUUGCUAAUGGAGGAACUGUUCUGCCCAACGGCAGGGUGUAUGGUCGGACUAACUCCAUGACCAACGGCUGCCUCAAGUCGCCCAUGGCCAAUGGGAGUUUCACCUUCGACGGUCACAUGCGCAGUGAUGGUCAGGUCUACCACACUGUCCACAAAGACUCUGGUCUCUACAAAGACCUCCUACACAAGAUCCACUUGGGCCGCCUAGAGGACGAACGCAGCAGUUCGCGUACCGACAACAGCUACCGUCACCUCCGUCGCAACAACAGCUACACGUGCUACACGGCCGCCAUCUGUGGCAUGCCAGUGCAGCCCCUGUUGCGGUCGGAGUCCAACGCCCCUCCACCAGAGGACAGCGAGAAGCUGGUGGGCGACACUGUGUUCUAUUCGAAGAAGCGCCUGCGUUAUGACAGCUACUCCAGCUACUGUAACGCAGUUGCGGAGGCUGAGAUUGAAGCUGAGGAGGGCGAUGUGGAUGUCAAUUUGGCAGCGGAAAAAAGGGAGCCCCGGGUGCCUGCUGAUAUGCCACUGGAGGAUUGCGUUGAUGAGGAUAAGGAUGAGAAGGACAAGCCUCAGGUCUUCCUGCUCUUUCACUUCCUGCAGAUCCUCACAGCGUGUUUCGGAUCGUUUGCGCAUGGUGGGAAUGAUGUCAGUAAUGCCAUUGGUCCUUUGGUGGCCCUGUGGAUGAUCUACUCUCAGGGUGGAGUGAUGCAGGAAGCAGCCACACCUGUCUGGCUGCUGUUGUACGGUGGCAUAGGAAUCUGCGCUGGACUGUGGGUUUGGGGUCGACGUGUCAUUCAAACAAUGGGCAAAGACCUCACGCCCAUUACUCCCUCAAGUGGAUUUUGUAUUGAAGUAAUGAGUGCUCUAUCAGUGCUUAUUGCCUCAAAUUUGGGCAUUCCUAUAAGCUCCACCCACUGCAAGGUGGGCUCAGUGGUGGCGGUGGGCUGGAUCCGCUCCAAGAAGGCUGUGGAUUGGAGGCUCUUCCGGAACAUCUUCCUGGCCUGGUUCGUCACGGUUCCUGUAGCCGGCCUCUUCAGCGCUGCUGUUAUGGCUCUGUUCGUGUAUGGCAUACUGCCUUACGUUUGAGAUUAAGAUGGGUGAAGAGAGGGAAGUGUAGGAAGGUAAAUGAAAGAUGGAAAAUAUUAAAUUUCAAGAUAUAAGGGGACAGCUAGAGGGUGGGGAGAGUCUUCAAAUGCUGCCUGGAAAAGCAUCCAGAAUCCUUUUGACUUAAAUAUCCUUAAUCUUGUCAAGAGUAUUUAUUUCCGUUUCAUUUGUUUCUGUUGUUUUGUUGAAACGUUGACAAAUUAAGAUCAUUUGUCCAGUGGUAUGAAAUGUUACAUUUCAAAUUUCCAAAAAUGGUUCUCAUGUUUGUGGUUCUAAGGUUACACAUCUAUCUUCUUCAAGGGUGCGGGCUGGUACAUCAGAUCUGCACAUACAAAUACACUACAAUGCAGUUUUAACUGUUACACGUGCUGGUCUCAUACUAAAUACAUGGAGAAUGAGACUGGAGAAUCGGUUUUAAGGCACAAUUGAUAUUGGCACAAAGAAUAUUAUCACUUGCUCCUGGAUUUGCUCACUUUAAAUGUUUUUAUUUUGAAAUAUGCUACGUGUGGCGUCUAAUAUAUGGCUGCACCUCUACUCCUAGUUGCUAAACCAUUUAACAAGCAAGUAAAAGAGUAAAUGUUACAAUAGUAAUGACACCGAAAAGCCUUCUGCUGUUAAAACAUCAUUGCUUAAAUCAAUGGUGCUGGUUAUGUACCUCAGCCAACCCUUUAUGCCACAUAUAAGACAAGCUCAGUAACACAGCUGUGCUCAUGAUACAAAUACUAUAAUAUGAAUCAUUUUUGUAGGUGUUAAUGUGUAAAACUUCCCAAUUCUUGUCAUAUUUAUUUUUAGAUGCGUUACUAUUCAGACAAUAUAAAGACAAGAUCAUGUUUUAAAGUAAGACAAAAUAUUUUGAAUUAUGUAUGCUAUUAUCAUUUCUAAUGUGUAUAUAUAUAUUCGGCAUUUUGAGGUCUUGUUUUGUUACAUUUUUAGAUCAGAUUUAGCGGUUGCGUAUAGAAAAACGAUCAAAUAUUUUAAAAUGAUUUAACUUUGACAGAACACUACAUUAUUAUAUUCUUAUGAUAUCAAACAUGAUUACAAUAACAAACUAGCCAUUCGCUUCUGUCCUAAACAAUAUAAAUACCUGACACAAGACCUAACAGUAACCAAUCAUAUAUCAGUCAGAGGUAUUGAAUUUUAAAACCAUAUUCGGUAACCAAGUAUCUUUUGUAUCUUCACAUAUCAAUAGGAAACCAUUUGGGGUGUUUAUUUAAUACUUUAUUCCCCUCCUGAAAAUUAUAUAGCCAAAGAUUCUUGUAGUUUAAUUGCCAUGUUUUUUGACAGUAUUCACUAACUAAAUUUAAAGAAUAGCCGAACAAAACUGUAUUUUGGUGAGCAUAUCAAGUACCUUGUAUAACAGGAUGCUCAAUAGAGCCCUACAGAUAAUGCCAAUUCAAUGCAUACUGUACUGUAUGUGCCGGAACAGCCAAAAUCCCCUAAAGGAAAUUUAGGGUGAAUCUCGCACACACACACACACAUAUCUACCUAUUACGGCCACAUACAUGAUUUUUAGAGGUGCAGUGUUAAAAGUCUAGAGCCUGGCUAUUGGUGAAACAUAUCUGGAUUCGGCCUCGCUGAUAAACGCAUCUCAGGUUUAUCAGAAGAGGAAUUUGUAUUGAAAUAUCAGGUUAACGUAUGAUUCGAUUACAGAUAUGUGUCAUAUAGGUUGAUGUGCUUGGCUCUGAGACACCACAAAGCCAAAAAGUUUUACUGAAAUAUGGCCAAGCUUACGUAGAACAAAUUGCAUUUGAUAUCAAGUGAGUUGGUCUUUGAUGUAAUAUAUAAGCGUUUUGACAGACACCAUUGCCUCGAGUUAGUCACCAGAUCUGGAAACUGUACAAAUGUGUGGCUUUAAACCAAUGCAAAGUGUUUUUUGUGUAUUUCAUGAUAUUUUUCAUCAAAAAAACAAACAAAUCUAUGCUUAAAUGGCCAUUUGCCUUGUAAUGUUGUGCUUUACUGUUUGUUGAAUACAGUAACUUUAGUACUGUGGUGUUUACAUCGUAAUCAUAUUGUAGAAUAACUCAUUGCAGUUGCCUAAACGCCAAUCAAAGACUAACUAUUAAUCACAAAUUAAAUAUGAAAUAACCAGGCGUAGGUGUUUCAUGUCUUUUUGUGUUUUGGGCGGCGUGAACCAUGAUGCUACUUCACACUGCUAUGUAGUUCACAACUUUACAUGGUGGAUAUGAUUAAAAGAAUAAGAAAAUGAAUAGAUAUAUAAAUUUCAUUAAGCUAUAUUUUUCUACAUAUAUUUGAGUUAUACCUGGGUGGUGACUUUUCACGUGUCUGGGCUCAGAAAGGUCACGAUUGCUGAUGUUUAGAAGUAACAGCGAUUACAUUUACAUUACGGGAACGUUCAGCGCCGAAUACCGCUGAGUGUUUCGCAAAGGCUCCGAUUUGAUCGUAAAAGCAGGGGUUCAGUAAUUCAUAUCCAUUUGUUUUUCUUGCCCAGAAAAGUCUCACCCCGUGUGUGAGAGCGUGGUUGCGAGUUGUUAAAAUUCAACGAUUUUUCAUGAUUAUUUUUGAAACGUAAGGCUAAAUAACUUUGUAAUUUUGUUUCCCUUAAAUGCAAUAUUGAGCUGACAGACAUGCGGUCAAUCCGCCCGACACCAGCAGUGGCGAUUACCAAUGUUUAUUAUAAAGAAGGGGGGCACGGCGAAAUCCAGUAAAGGAUCUUUUACUAACAUGCAUCUAAAAUAUGAUCUGCCUUCCUGCUAUGAUGGUUUGUUUUAAAGCAGCUCAUUACACAGCGCAUAGCAAAAUUCUUCACAUGGCAGUUUUAACAUGGCUACAUAGUUAGUUAGCUUUGAGCUAAUUUAAACAACAUAUUCAAAUGAGGGCAUGCGUUAUAUUGAAAAAAGUGGUUCAUGUGCCAAAAUUUGACAUUUAAAUAAAAAAUAAUACUUUAUAGUGCAUAAAAUUUGAUUUGAUAAGCAUUCAAGUGCUUUUUAGAGGUUUCAUAACUCUUAUUGGCAACCUUGUUCUCCCUGAGUGUAUUAAUAUAAUUUUUAGUUUUCCAUGUUCUUAUCUGCAUUUAAAAAUAGAAUGUUGCCCAAUCCUCUGCUGGCCCGCUGAUUGCCUGCUGUGUGCCGCCUUUAUUGCCAUGAUGUGAAUGCUAUGCUGUUAGUUAACUGUCUGGUACCAUCUGAAGAGACGGUGCUUUAGAUCUAACAAACUCCUCCCCCUUAUCUGCAUAUGUACUGUAAUGCUGUUUUCUUUCUUUUUGGAACUUUUUUGUGAAAGUUGUCUGCAUUUUAACUAAUUAAAUUAUGGGAAUUAAAAUUACAAAGAAUAACAA